AAGAAAAGUGACGUGAGUGUACACGUAAGCUUAAGUGGAAAAGAGAGAGUGUGGGUUCUAUGCAGAAGUGCAUCUAUGAGAAUGAGGCUGAUGUUGGUGAUGAGUGUGUAUGGCCACACCUAUACACCCUGCACUCUCUGAUUUCUGCUGCCACGCACCGACACCUGCCUCCUCUGAUCUCUCUACAGUAUGAUUACUGUCUCAUUUCGAUAGGAUUUACAUAUUAAGCUCUAGUGUUUCUUACUAUUCUUUCUUUCCUUUGUGUUGAUAAUGUGGUGUGAAACUCUCAGCCUGACCAGUUUUCUGUCAGGAUAGUUCACUUCUGUUGGAGGUGGGACAAUGUAAGCACAGUAAAGGACCAAAGCCUAACUUUAUGUGGAGUUUUCUAUCGAUACCAGCAUUUUAUUGAAGUCUACAGUAUGGAGCCCAUCUCUCAGAACCUGCGAGAUCAGAUCUCAGAGCUGCUGAAGCCACAUAGAGUGUGUCUCGUGAUGCCUGUUGUCCUCAAUCACUCCGGUCAGUCAUGUGGGAGAUCGGCCAAAAGGUUUUUGGUACUGAGUCUAUGGAGGGGUUACCUGGUUAUAAACAAACAACCUGUCAGGGUGGAGAGCACUUUCAGCUACCUGGAGAUUUCUUCCAUCAACAUUCACAGUCUUACAGAGAUUGUAUUGGAGACAGACAGGCAGAUUCUGUCCUUCAGUGUACUGCACAUUAAGGACCUUGAGGACAUGGUCAGUCACAUGACCGCCUCACUGAAGAGGAUCUUCCCUGAUUCAUCUCCAGGGAAGCUGUUGAAGAUGAUUCCUCCAGAUCUCCAGGAAAGACUCCUCACACAGAUGGCUGUCAUAGAGCAGCAGCUGAGCAGUCAGCCUGGCUUCUGUGGAGGAUUCUCUGAUACCUAUGCUGCUCUGUGUGAUUUCAAUGAGAUGCCAUCUAGAGAGGAGAUUCAGUGGGAUGUUGACAACAUCUACCACAUCAACAACUGGAGACACUUCAACCUGCAGGACUUCAGCCACUUAGACAGCAGGGACUUGGCAUUAGCAGUAGCUGCUCUGUCUUUCAACCAAUGGUUUACCAGGAUCUACUGCAGAGAACUCAAACUGUCAGUGGACGUCCAGCAGCAGCUUACAUUCCUGCUGUCCAGGUCUCCCAGUCUGGAGGAGCUCUCACUGGAGACCAGUGGACUCAAACUGGACUUUGCAUUGAAAAUGGCAGCUGCCCUCAAGGAGCACACCUCCUCCACCCUGCAAUCCAUCAACCUCUCAGGAAAUCCAAUCGAAGACAAAGGUGUGAUAGCUCUCAGUCCGGAGUUGGGGAAUCUAGCUGAAGGACUCAAGCAUCUUUCUCUGUCCCGUGUAUCAAUGACUGCCAGAGGUCUUGGCUGUCUGAGUCAGGUGUUAUCCUCCAAUCAGCUGUUCUCAACAUCUCUGAGCCACCUCGAUCUGUCUGGGAACCCCGGCAGCCUGGUUACUGAAGAGGCUACGUUUCUCUUCAGGUUCUUGUCCAGAACUAACUCUCUGUCUCAUCUGGACCUCAGUGAUACCAACUGCCCACUGGACACGUUAUUUGUGUCCCUGUCUGCUGGAUGUUGUUACAAACUGAUGCACCUGAACCUGGCCAGGAAUCCUUUCAGCCACAGAAAGGUGCGGGAGGUGACCAGGAGCAUUCGAGAGUUCUUCAGUCAGAGCUGUGAACUAAGAUACGUGGGCCUGUCUGCAACCAAACUACCUCCACAAGCUCUCAGGUUGUUACUCCAGGGUCUGGCAACCAAUCCCCGUCUCUUUGGGCUAGAGUUGGACCUCAGCAGCUGUGAGCUACGUUCAGCAGGGGCCCAGGUGAUACAAGAGCAUAUCUCUGAAGCGACAGCUAUCAGAAGUCUGGAUAUUUCUGACAAUGGGUUUGAGAAUGACAUGGUGACUCUGGUUCUGUCUGCCGGACGAUGUCACUCUCUUCGGCACCUCGCACUGGGGAGAAACUUUGCCAUGAAGUCAAGAGCUCUCACGGAUGUUCUUCAUCGUAUAGCUCAGCUCAUUCAGGAUGAAGAAUGUCCCCUGCAGUCUCUAUCAGUGUGUGACUCCAAGCUGAAGACAGGGAUGCACAUCUUGCUGAGUGCUCUGGGUGGUCAUGCUGCUCUGGCUGAAGUGGACAUCAGUGGAAACAACAUUGGAGACACUGGAGCCAAAAUGCUGGCCAAAGCCCUGAUGAACAACACCAGACUGAGAACUCUCACCUGGGACAGAAACUGUGUAACUGCCAGAGGUUUCCAGGAUGUGGCUGAUGCCUUGGAGAGGAACUUCACUCUGCAGCAGGUGGCUCUCCCCCUGGCUGAUAUCACACAGAGUUACCGCAGCAACCCCGACAGAACAAAAGAGGCCCUGUUCAAGAUUCAGCAGUGUUUAGACAGAAAUAACCAGAGACAGUCUGAUAGAGUGGAACUUCAGCAAGUGUUUAGAGCUCAACAAUUUGAAAAGCAGGUACAGGGUGUGUGUCGGCAGUUGGAGGACAGCCUUCAACGUUUGAACCACUGCAACAUUCAGGAGGUCCAUGCUGACAUCCAGACAGCACACGAGGUGUUGCACAACGCCAAGGAGUCCUUCAAGCUGCUUCCCUCUCUGUAUGAGGCAGGCAGGACGUGUGCCUCUGAUGGAGACAUGGUGAACAGCAUCCUCACUGACACUGCCACUGCACUGACUGAUGAGUUCCAGAGAAGCAUACAGGAGUUGGCUCAGGACCUGGUGAGGUGUGCAGAGGCAGUUUGUCCUCGGGUGGUCCAGCGCUCUAGUGUGUAUGAGUAUCUGUCAGAGUGCGUGUCCAAAAGAAGCAGACAGACACAGGCAUUCCUGAGAAGCACUCUGGUGGAGAACACAGGCCACAUCAUCAGUGACAGACUGCGUGAACUGAGACAAACACUGAGUGUCUCUUUGGCUGAAAGCAUCACAGAGCAGGUCCUGCAUGAUCUGACAAGGGCACAGGACAAAAUGGAUUGCCUGAUCAAAGAAAAUUCAUGCCUUGCUCUGAAAAAUAACGUCCCAGAGCUUCGAUUAGUUGACAGCGACUUCCCGACUGAUGAUUACAGUCCAGCAUUUUGGAGGAACAGUUUACACUCCAAGAGCCUGAGGCCCGCCUCUUCAAUUAAGAGUCUCCUGGAUGCAGACUGGGAGCAGCAGACCAGGGACAGAGGAGCAGAGAGAGAGAGGGGAGGAGGUGCUGGAGAGGAAGGAGGAGAAGGAGGAAGGAGGUGUGGCCUCCUUCAGUUGCCAGUAGCGACGGCUCUGUCAGUCACGGCAUCAAGCCCCGCCCCUUCCCCUACCACUUCCCAGUCCCCCUCCCCCCCGGGAUGGAGGGGGAGGAGGCGGAGGGAGGGGGAGGUGGUGGCAGUGGAUGCUGCAGCAGCAAUAUCAGGAGUGAGAGGAGCAUCGUUCAUUCCUCCUCCCAGUCUCCCUCUCCUUUACUCCAUCUCCGCUCGAGCUCCAGAGGAGGAGGCUGCCAGCUGUGGAGGCUUACCCAGACGAGAGGUUCCCUUCCCCGGCUGUGGCCCCAGCCCAGGCCCCCUCCCCCAUAGCUCUGGAUCCCCCGCUUCUCCUAUGGAGCCUCUACCCACCCAGGGACAGACUCUAAGGCACUACACUGCCUCCCGACCACGGCCGCGACGCACACACACUCAGCCCCCCUCCUCCAGGCCUCAGGAGCCGGUUUCAAAGGUGGAAAAUGAGAGCAGUGAGGGGAUGGGCAGAGUGGAUGAAGGAGUAGAGGAGUUCUUCACCAAGAAAAUCAUCCCUGACUAUGCACUAAAAGGCCGGUGGGAGGAGUCAAACCCUGCCCAAGCCACUCCCCCAGAGACAAGCUCCACCCCCUCAAUCCUCUUUUCCUCUUCGUCUGACAACAUCACCUCCUCUACCACCACCACUGUCACUUCUCCCUCUGUCCCAUCUACUGACACAUCCUUUGCAUCCACUGAUGUACUACCCCUCUCUACAUCCUCCACUCCCCCCGCCCCACCCUUUGUCACUACCUCCAACACCACCACCACCACCACCACCACCACCGCACUUCCCACCAAAAACAUCAAGAAAAAGUUUGGCGACUUCUUCGCCUUCAAGAGGGCUCGAACCAGCCGAGCCUCCAAGGCAGGAGGGGGAGAGGGAGGAGGAGAGGGCGUGAAGGUCAAAAGGACCUCCAUCGCAGACCUCAUUCGACCCCUCCGCGAGGCCAAAGAAAGGGAGAGAGAGAGGGAAAGGGACAAGGAGAGAGAGAAGGGGAGAGGGGCAAGGUCAGUGGAGGAUGCUAACAUUUCUAAUGAUGCCGCCACCACAGAAGGAACCGUUGCCACCAGCCACCAUCUUGCAGGCGAUGUGAGGGAAAUGAUGCCGCCUGCCAAGACAUUAACCACAACGACACCUCCCAGUGAGACCACUCCCUCAUACCCCACCGUCACCACAAGCUCUGACCUUACCACCGCUACGCUUACUAACCUGGAGGAGGAGGCGGCUCCUGUCUUGCCAGGUCGCACCCCCAGUCCUGUGGUCACGUCCCCUCUAACCGAGCAGGAGAGGAGCAAUAUGCUGAUGAAGGAGAUGAAGUUGGGAGGGACUCCAUAUGGAGAGAGGAGACUGAAGGUGACCAAGAGAUCACUGAGGGAGGGCAAGAGCCAGAGUCUCAUACUACUGACGGGAUUAGAGCCUGAAGACAAGAACGACACACACAGCAAGAAACAUGCAUCUGAGAGCACAUCUAGUUUUGAACAGAAGCUUCAGGUGAUGCUACACAGGAUGGGCGUGUCCAAAACUCCACCUGCUGAUGCCAAGGCAAGCCAGAAUAAAGAUGAGGAGCUGAGAAAGGCCAACUCUGAAGGUGCUAUCUUGGACAAACCUGAACCACCUCCCACAUACAUGAAGCCCAGAACCAUGUCCACUUCAUCAGCUGACCCCAGGCAUCCUAUGAGAGCACUGGACCCCAUUCGACCGGAACCUCCUCUUCACCCGAAACCUGUCCUCCCCGAGCGCCCAUCUGGUCCCCUUCCACCUAAACCUGUCAUCGCAGCUAAGCCUCCUAUCCCCACCCCGGCUACUCCUGCAGGAGGAAGCGCUCGUCCCUCCUCUGCUCCUCCUUCCAGCAGCUCAGCAGAGAGAGUCCAGCUCAGAGCACACACUCCUGAUGGCAGGCCGGGAGAGACUACAGCACAGAAUGGAAGUCAGGAGGGUCCCCAGGGUGCAGCCACAGCUUCAUCCCCCAGGAAAGAGCUGCUUCCUCCAGCCCUGUCACCAUGGAGGGCUCCCAGCUCGCAAGAUCGCUCUGAGAAAGCACAAUCAGUAACCGAUGAGAGUCUUCCUAAACCACGACAACACAUGAAGCCCCUUCCACAGCGCAGAGCUGUGUCCGUCCAUGAGGAUACUCUGGCCAUGACACAAGAGCUGAAGGCAGUGUUACAGAGGUCGCCCAUACGUUUCCGAGUCAACAGAGGGGAUCUGCCCCCCUGCACUGAAGAUCCAUGUAGUGGGGCGCAAGCACAAGGAGCUAAGGAGGGUGAGAGAGGCAGUGGCACAGAGAAGCAGACAGCUGGAGAAAAGGAGGAAUCUUUCCAGAAAGAGGAGCUGAAGGCAGAGAGAGGAAGGACGGGCUGUGGAGGGACAGGAGGUGAAACCAAGCACCCCCCUCCAGGAGAGGAUGAAGCCCCAGGCUCAUGGUGUCCCUCCUCUACAGCUCAUGCUCAAAAAGAAGUAUCAGCUCCCCGACUCUUCAGUCCACCUGCAGCCACUGACAAAGCUCUGUCCAUUCUAGAGAGGCCUCCAACCCUAACCCAAACUCCAGAAAAGCAUCGUGCAACCCCUACAACCCAGAAAUUGAGUCCCAGCACAACCCCAACAUUGCCCCAAACUCUCGAAAAACUGCUGGUGUCCCCACCACCCCAAGACAAGAUCCCCAGCACAAUCACAGCUGCAUCUGCAUCCCCAGAAAACCCCCAAGUGAGUCCUCUGUCCCACAAGGAGCCAGGUCCUGGCACAGCACCAGCCACAGCAGAUCUGAGAAACAGCACACAGGAGAGAGGGGAGGUGGUCUUUAAACAGCACACAACAAAGGCAGAGCCAGCAGACCAAAGAACUGAGCUCCCUCUGUCUGAAUAAUACACACAGACUGACUAACCUGAGGAGAGAGAGGAGAGAGUGGUCUCUGACAUCUCUGAGAUCAGGACCUGGAGGGUUAUACAAGGUCUGAGAGUAGUGUGAAUGUUGUACUGUGCACAGCUAAUGUCUGUACAGUCGGCAUAUUGGCUGUUUGAGGUGAAUAAACACAGACUGCCCAAAUGGUCACGUGGUCAAAUUCAUGCAGAACAACAGAAGUUCUGGAUGUUCCAUAAUGACUAAUGAAGCUUGCUGACCAUAACCUAUUUGAAGGGAACAUUCUGAAAAAAACAGAAAACUUUUCUUUAACUUUAUGAAUGGAUUAGGCGUGUCCAGUCUUGAGUGACGCUUUAUUUGUUUCUGCACUCUGUGCUAAUUUACCCCAAACAGAACAUUGGCAUACAUUAGCUGUAGCUCGCUAGCAGCAUACACCCUGACCAUGUGUCUGCAAAGUGUGUCUGUAUGUGUAGACAGCUCAUCGUGACUGAUGUCAAAAACAGGAUAUUUUUCUUAUCUCUGUGCAUUGAUGAAGUGGAGUGAUAAAGCUGCAGGAUGAUUCUCUUCACACCACACCGGUCAUAUCUGCAUCCGUUUUACUUUACUUUACUGUAAUAUGCAACCAUGGCACCUCUAAAAGUCACUUCAGUUUUGCAUUCAGUAUGAGCACACCUUUAAGCAGAGUGUGAAAUGAGGCACAGCUAGCACCAGAGAUCAUGUCAAAUCUUUGUUGUUGGCUGGGAAGGAAACCAUCACUGUGACUUCCAGGUCAAGACAGGGCUGUUAGUGUUAGCAGAUAUUUAGGCUGUAUCAUGUCAAUCAAAGUAAUCCAUUUGAACAGGUCAAGCAUUCAUAACUACUGAGGUCCUGCAGUUUAUGUCAUAGUCUCUAACACGCAUCUUACUGUCCUACAAGCAUAAACAUGUAUCAGCACUGACUGAGGGAGCUAGUUUCACAUGAGAUAUGAACAUUUCCACUUUGCCAGACACACAUUGUGUAAACUGUCUGAACAGAAGUACUAAACCAUUUCCUUUCAAUGAACAUCAUUUUUUAAAGUGUUCAGGGAGAUAAGCUAAA